UAGACUGUGUUUGUUCAACAAGCCUUUGUCUUCCCUCUCCUCCCUUCUUUCUCUUCACUCAACCAAAUCCUCCAUCACCUCUUUCUUUUCUCAAAUCUAGGGUUCUACUCCUCUCCUCUUUCUAUAUUCAUUUUUUUAUCCUAUAGUAUUUUUAUUAAUUUCCCCAUCUCCCACUUCUUCCCAAGAAACAGUUUUUAAUCAUAUAGUAAUAUUUAUUACAAUAUUUUUAGAAAAAUCUCCUGUUGUUGUGUACUCCUUUUUAUUUUUUAUUUUUUUCUUUUGUUGUUAUGGUCAUUAUGGCUGGUCUAGAUUUAAGUAGUGCAUCUCGUUACGUUCAUCAACUUCAUCACCCCGAAUUUAACCUCGAUGAAAAUACAAAAAAUCCAUUUUCCAAUGACCACGACCACGACCACGACCAAGACCACCACAACCAGCAACAACAACAACUUGAUCUAGUUGGUGCAAAUUCAUCAGGACCGGGCGACCUAGUUGGUCGUAGACCAAGGGGUCGCCCUCCAGGGUCCAAGAAUAAACCGAAGCCCCCGGUUAUUAUAACUAGGGAAAGUGCAAAUACAUUAAGAGCACAUAUUCUUGAAAUUGGAAAUGGAUGUGAUGUUUUUGAAUGUGUAUCAUCUUAUGCAAGACGAAGACAACGUGGGAUCUGUAUAUUAAGUGGUAGUGGAAUUGUUACUAAUGUAAGUAUAAGGCAACCUGCUGGUGUUGGUGGUAAUAAUAAUAGUUCAUCCGUCGUUACAUUAAAUGGGAGAUUUGAGAUUUUAUCACUUAGUGGUUCAUUUUUACCACCACCAGCACCACCAGGUGCAACAAGUUUGACAAUAUUUUUAGCUGGUGGACAAGGACAAGUUGUUGGAGGUAGUGUGGUAGGUGAGUUGAUGGCUGCUGGUCCAGUUAUUGUUAUAGCUUCAUCUUUUACUAAUGUUGCUUAUGAAAGGUUGCCUUUAGAGGAUGAUGUUAAUAUUAAUAUUAAUGAUGGGGUUAGUCAGAUUCAGCCACAAGGUUCCGGUGACGGUGGUGGUGGUGGUAGUGGUGAUGGGGUUGGUCAUAACCCUUUCCCGGACCCGUCUUCUGGGCUUCCGUUCUUUAAUUUGCCAUUAAGUAUACCUAACUGUUUAAAUCUUGGAUCUGCUUCUGUAGAUGGGUGGGCGGGGAAUCCAGCUCUUCGUCCACCUUUUGGAGUUUAAUGGCAAAUGUUCAAGAUGAUGAAGGGGAAAUAGAGUUUGAGUUUGUUCAUAUUGAUCAUAUGGAAGCCAAUUUGGAUCAAUGAAGAAAUAUGGGGACUCUUGAAUCAAAAAGGUCAGCAAAAUUAGUGUACCAUCUUUGUCCUAGAGAUUAUUUAGCUUCCUUUUCCUUUUCUUUUUAAUAUUUUGGGUCUUUUUUUUUGUUGUUGUCUUGUUUGUUAUUUUUGGGUCUUGUAAAACUAUGAAUUAAAAUGUUCUUUAUGGAACACUUUCUAUAAAGAAAUAUGGUUUGGGAA